CCAAUUUUCUGUGUUUUUCAGAUUGGAAGCGCAGAGAGCGGCUAGAGAGCGAGGAAGGUAAAGAUGAAGUACAACCCAAGAGUAACCAGCUCCCGCCGGAAGAACAGAAAGGCGCAUUUCACAGCGCCGUCGAGCGUUCGUCGUGUGCUGAUGAGCGCCCCACUCUCUUCAGAUCUAAGGACCAAGUACAACGUUCGAUCUAUGCCAGUAAGAAAGGACGACGAGGUUCAGGUUGUCCGUGGAACCUACAAGGGUCGUGAAGGAAAGGUUGUCCAGGUUUACAGGAGAAAAUGGGUUAUCCAUAUCGAGCGCAUCACCCGUGAGAAGGUAAAUGGUUCGACUGUCAAUGUUGGUAUCAAUCCAUCUAAGGUUGUUGUUACAAAGCUGCGCCUCGACAAGGAUCGUAAGUCUCUCCUAGACAGGAAGGCGAAGGGCCGUUCUGCAGCUGACAAGGACAAGGGUACUAAGUUCACUGCUGAGGAUGUCAUGCAGAAUAUCGAUUAAUCGUCUCUUCUAUCGGUAUUAUCUUAUGUUUGAUUGAGCUUUUACUUUUGCUACAUUUUAGGUUUCUUUCUGGAUUGUCUUGGUUGUUUAAUGAUAUUUUGAAUCUUGAAAUCAUGGUUUUACUCAGAUUUAUAUAUUGUUAGCAGUGACUUUGUUUUUGAUAUAACGCUUAUAUCAAUGUUUUGCUAUUGUGA